GUCCAGAGGCUCAGACCGACGCCCCGUCAGAGGCCCCAGCGAUUGUCACCACCACCACCACCACCACCACCGUCCUCCUCAGCCCCACGAGUGCCUCUACAAGCCCCGCCCUCGAUCUGACCCAGCCGGCUGAGGAGCCCGAAGAGGAUUCGGAGCUUCCCAACGUGGUCCCUGAGAGUCCGGUGGAGCAGAUCAUUGAGUUCAGUAUCGACCUGGUGGAUCCGGGUUACAGAGAGCUGCUGGGCGACUCAGACUCCCCCCAGUACAUCGACCUGGCUCACCACCUGCAGGACCAGAUGCUGCAUGUUUUUGACGAACUCCCAGGAUUUAAAGCCAUUCAUGUGCUUGGAAUCAGCGAGACCCAGGACACUGACGGGCCCGGCGGAAUCUCAGUGCACUACUCUCUGGUCUUUGAGAUUAAUUCCCCUCAAACCAACUCUGAGAAUUCAGAGACGGCGACCGGUGCACCCGAGUCCACAGACGGCUCUGGACUCAGGGAAAUGGUGACCAAGGCGUUACGUGAGGAGGCCUCCCUGCCAAUCGAUCUGGACUCGCUUAACUUCGAACCAGAAAUGAUCGUCCUGCCAGCACUGACAUCAACCUCUUCAGUCCAAGUAGUGAAUGAGUCCAGUGAGUCCAGUGAGCCGGAUUCACAUAACGAGUUUGAAGUUUUCACAGACGAACCAGAAGUUGAUAAACCUCGGCUGGUGGUUCCCCUAACCCCACUGGAGAAGGAAAAUGCCCUGGUGACUCUGCUCGAUCCCACGGCUGUCCCAGAUGAAGAGACAACGGCGGUGACUGAUGGGAUUGUAGAGAGCAGCGAUCAACCCCCAGCCUCCGAGGACCAUACUGAUGAGUCAGAGGCAAUUUAUGACAGUGAGGCUGAGCCCACAAAUGAAGAAGAGGAGGAAGAAGAAUUGCUGAUCAUUUCACAUAAGAUUGAAACCAUUCAUCACGACGAAACCGGCGAACUUGUGCGCGACUACAUACCGACCCUUUCCCCUCCCUUGAUUCUGGAGGUGGCGACUGAUGCUCCAUACGUCAGUCUGUCUCCCAACCUGAUACCAGAGGAAGACCUGACGCCUGUUGAUGAGGGCAGAGAAAAUCCUAGCUUAGAUGUUGUCCAGGUUACCCCCACCACUCAGAUUUUAUUCACUCCCGCUGGAGAGGAGCUGUCUGAUGCUGGACUCCCCAUCACGACACUCUCAGCCAUCACAGGCCAGCCGCCCACAGAGCCAGCAAUCAACCCUCAAGAAGACGAAGAAGUUAAUGCUCUUCCAGAUGAGGAGGAGGUAGACUUGGGUUUCUCUGAACCCCAUGAACCUGGCGAUAUUUUUGAAACUGAGGCGCAGGAUGCUUCAGAGAUGGAAACUGAAGUUAAACUGCUUGAAGCAGAGGAAGAAUUGGUUAUCGAAACUGAUGAUAAGGUUCUCGAGGUUUUGCAGCCGACACCUGAACAAAUUGAAGUUUUUGAACCAGAGGUGGAAGCAACUAAAAUUUUAGAGCCAAAUGAAGACGGAGCUGAAGUUUUAGAGUCAGACAAAGAAGCAGUUGAAGUUUCAGAGCCGGAUGUAGCCGACGUUUCAGAGCCAGAUGUAGCCGAUGUUUCAGAGCCCAAUGCAGCUGACGUAUUAGAUUCGCACAAAGAAGUAGCUGACAUUUUAGAGCCAGAUGUAGCUGACGUUGCAGAGCUUGAUGUAGCUGACAUGUCAGAUUCAGAUACAGAAGUAGCUGAUGUUUCAGAGCCAGAUGUAACUGAAGUUUCGGAUUCUGAGCAAGAAGUAGCUGAAGUUUCAAAGCCGGAUGUAGCUGAAGUUUCAGAGCCAGAUACAGACGCAGUUGAAGUUUUAGAACCAGAGGAAGAUUCAGUAGUUGAAACUCAUGAAGAGAUUGCAGUUUCAGAGCCAGCAGAAGUCAUAGUUAAUGUUCCAGGAACAGAGGAGAAGGAGCUUGACAUUUCAAAACCAUUUGAAGUUUUUGAGCUAGAAGAAUCACAAGCAGAGGCAGAACCAGAUGAUAGUGCAGUUGAGGUUUUGCAAACAGAAGAGGAAAUUGGUGAAAUCACAGAAGAAGUAGAAAAAGCUCCAAAAACAAAAGAUGCGGUGGAAGAUUCAGAACAGGUUCCAGAACUUAAAGAAGAGUCAGAACCUGGUGAGCAUGCAGAUGAGGAAGUUUCAGAGCCAGAAGAAGAAGUGGUUGAAGUUGCAGGAUCAGAAGAACCAGUGCUGAAGGUUUCUGAAUCUGAAGCAGAAGCGAGUGAGGAGGAGAGAUUUGAUGUGAUUGUACCAGUUGUAGAGGAAGAAGUCAUUGACAUUCCAGCACCAGAGGAUGAAGUUGCCAAAACAGGGACGGAAGUGGUUGAGGUUUUGGAUGUGGAAGAUGUUGCUCAAGCUCCAGGGCCAAGUGAUGGUGUAUUAGACUUGUCGAAACCAGAAACAGAAUCUGUGCCAGAAGAGGAUAGCCAUGUAGCUGAAGUGAUAGAAAUCGGAGCUGAGGAAGUAGGUACGGAAGAAUCAGAAGAGGUGCAAGGAGUUUCAGAACCAAGUGAAAAUGUGGUAGAAGUUGUAAAGUUAGCUCCAGAACCAGCAGCAGAGAAAGAACCAGAAGUAGUACUAGAUGUAACUGAAAUCCCAAAACUUGAAAUAGAGGUUGUUGAGGAUGUAAAACCGGAAGAAGAAGUGGCUGUGGUCCCAGUUCUAGAUGAAGAGCCAGUGGACAUUUCAGAACCACACCUCCCUCCUGAAGCUGAGGAGGAGGUAGUUGAGAAUCCAGAACCAGAGGAAGCAUCAGAACCAGACAAAAGUACAGUUGAUGUUUUAUCUCCAGUGGAACAGCUACCUGAGGUUUCAGAGCCAGAAUCAAAAGAGGAGAUAGUCGUUGAGAUCCCAGAAUCAGAAGAGGAAGGUGUUGAUGUCCCAGAAACACACCCAGAGGAGGGCCUCGUUGACAUUUUAGAACCAGAGCCUGACAUUACUGAGCCACCCGCUGAAUCAAUUAAAAUCCUUCACCCCUUGGAUGAUAUGGAAGACCUUCACUUCGGAGAGGAUGCUGUUCAUGUUGAAAAUAACGAGUUCAUGCAUCCUGCCGGACCCGACUAUCACCACCCGUCAGAGGACAAUAAUUUACCCAUCAUGCCCAUAGACACCCAGCCUCCCAUCGAGGAUGUAAGUGAGCCUGACCAGGAGUAUCCCAUCAUCGAUGAUUUUCACAUUGAGGAGGAUGUUGACAGCAUCGACGCUCAGCUGGAGAGUGACAUCGCUGUCGUCAUGACGACCGAAACAACCAAGAGUGAUGUACACUUCGAAACAACCUCUCAUAUCGCAGAAGUGACAGCUCCAGACAAGCAAGACACAUCAGAGGGCACAAAAGUCACAGAAGAUUUGCUGGAGGAGACGCAGGAAAGUGAUUCAUCCCCAAAAAGAGACAUCAGUGUGACGGCGGCACCAGUCCCAGACUCCUUCCCCAUACCUCCAGCAGCUCCUGUCGAUCUGUCUGAAGUGUCCUCACCUCUCCCGACUGUAGACUCUGGACUCUUUGAGGUAGCAGAGCAAUCUGUAAUCCCUUCUUCUGCUGAGUCUUCAGAGGAUGAUAGCACUGAGCCGGAGGCUGAGUUGGCGCACAGUGAGCCAGCUGUUGUCAUUAUUGAUGAGGACUUGGAAGAGGCAGUGAAGAAAGGAGGUGAAAGCCACACCAGCCCACCAGCCGCCACCCAGGAAGUCAUUGAUGAGGCCGUUCAGGACCUGGCUGUGGAGCUGGAUCAAACAGACAUGCCAGCCACAGAGUCAAACGAGCUUCCUGAUGAGGGGAGUGGUUUCGUAUCUGUGGGAGAGGAACACAGCACUGUCAGCGUCACAGCCCCUCCUCCGGUGAGAUAUCUGACCACGCCCACCACGACCACGGCCAGUCACGGCCGGGAGCUGGUGGUGUUCUUCAGCCUGCGCGUCACCAACCUGGACUUUUCUGAGGACCUUUUCAACAAGACGUCAUCAGAGUACAGAUCGCUGGAGAAUACCUUCUUAGAUGUGCUGCUGCCGUUCCUGCAGGCGAACCUGACGGGCUUCAAGAAACUGGAGAUCCUUAACUUCAGGAAAGGCAGCGUGGUCGUUAACAGCAAGAUGAAGUUUGCCAAGUCGGUGCCGUACAACAUCACCGAGGCCGUCCACUGUGUCCUGGAGGAUUUCUGCUCUGCGGCCUCCAAGAACCUACACAUCCAGAUCGACACUCACUCUCUGGACGUUGAACCAGCUGAUCAGGCGGAUCCCUGCAAGUUCCUGGCCUGCGAUGAGUUUUCUCGCUGCGUGGUGAACGGCUGGACAAAGGAGGCUCAGUGUCUGUGUGAGCCAGGCUUCCUGUCGGUGGACGGCCUGCCCUGUCAGAGUCUGUGUGUCCUCCAGCCAGACUACUGCCAAGGAGGGGAAUGUCACAUAGUUCCUGGACACGGAGCUGUGUGCAGGUAA